AUGACUCCGCCCCAUGCGGAUAAAAUAAAGAGGUGCCGGUUCCAUAGAAAUCGAGGACACACUACUAAAGAGUGCACAGCCCUUCGAGACCACAUCGAAGACCUUGUCAAAAUGGGGCACCUUCAAAAUUUCAUCCGACCCUCAGAUGGGAGAAAGCAUGACUACCACUUGGGUAAGAGAGAACACAAAAGGGAGGACUGGGAGAGAGCACCUCCGAGGUACAGAUCUCGGGAGCGUAGACGAUCCCAAGAGAGAAACGAUCAGCAGCGAGACCGAAACCAGCCUCGAAGGCCGACUCCUAAGCCUAGGCAAGAUGUCAAUGUCAUUGGCGAUGCCCGCAAAGAAAGGCCGAUAGUGGACUUAGAGCUCGAUCCCCGAAUUGAAGAUGAGCACCAAGUUGAACCAAUUGAGACAACAAUCCCGUUUCAACUCGGGAGAAACGAGGAACAGGUCACGUACUUAAGUUCUCAAUUGUCGGAGGACGAAGCGAGAGAAAUUAAGCAAAUCCUUGUAAAGUACUCGAACCUAUUUGCCUGGACGGCGGCCGACAUGCCGGCCAUCGACCCAAGUUUCCACUGCCACUGGCUUUCCAUAUGCCGAGAUGCCAAGCCCAUCGCCCAAAAGAAAAGAAAAAUGGGAGGAGAAAGGGCUCAAGCAGUGAAAGAAGAGACGACCAAGCUACUACAAGCGGGGUUCAUCAGGGAAGUCAAGUACUCCACUUGGUUGGCCAAUGUGGUAAUGGUCAAGAAGGAAAAUGGCAAGUGGCAGAUGUGUACCGACUACACGGAUCUGAACAAGGCAUGCCCAAAAGAUGCAUAUCCCCUACCACACAUUGACGCAUUGGUCGACGGAGCGGCUGGUCACCAGAGGUUAAGUUUCCUAGACGCCUACUCAGGGUAUAAUCAGAUACCCAUGUACCCACCGGAUGAAGAGAAAACUGCGUUUAUCACCGAUUCAGCCAAUUUUUGCUACAAAGUGAUGCCAUUCGGUUUGAGAAACGCGAGGACGACAUACCAACGACUCAUGGAUAAGAUCUUUCAACGGCAGAUAGGAAAAUACAUGGAAGUGUAUGUGGAUGACAUGGUGAUUAAAUCUGCCUCCAGCGAUGAUCACAUAAGAGAUCUCGGAACAAUAUUCGACGAAGUGAGGCGGCAUCACAUGCGAUUGAAUCCAGCGAAGUGCACCUUCGGAGUCGCUAGUGGGAAGUUCUUGGGCUUCAUGCUGUCAAAGAGAGGUAUAGAAGCUAAUCCCGACAAGUGCCAGGCCAUCGUUAAUAUGAGAAGCCCACGUAACGUAAUGGAAGUACAACGACUGGCCAGGCGCAUAGCUUCCUUAGCUCGUUUUCUGCCCUGCAUGGCAGACAAGUCAAGACUCAUAAUGUCCUUGUUGAAGAAGGCCAGCAAGUUCCAAUGGACUGAAGAAUGCGAGUCCUCAUUUCAAGACUUCAAGACAAUGCUCACAGCCCCGCCAUUGCUUGCUAAACUGAACCCCCAGCUAGAGAUGAUCGUUUACAUCUCGGUGUCGGACAAAGCUAUUAGCACGGCCCUAGUGCAAGAACAAAUGAAACAAAUGUCGGUAUACUUCAUCAGCCGAGUCUUGCAAGAAGCCGAGACCCGGUACCAACAUCUUGAGAAAACGGUUCUAGCUCUUGUACACACGGCCCGACGUCUCCGGCACUACUUCCAGAGCCACAAAGUCGUCGUCAAGAUAGAUAGCCCGAUUGUCAAGGUCUUGCGAAAGCCCGAACUAGCCGAACGAAUGGUCGCUUGGUCCAUAGAACUAUCACAAUUCGAUAUUCGUUUUCAACCAAGAGGACCCAUCAAAGCACAGAGCAUGGCCGACUUCAUAAACGAAUUCACUCCGAAAGUACCACCUGAGCCGCAUGUAUGGACUUUGCAUGUAGACGGCUCGUCAAACCAACAAGGUGGCGGAGCCGACAUUAUACUAGAAGGUCCUGGUAAAGUGGUGGUCGAACAAUCACUACGAUUCAGUUUUAGGACUUCCAACAACCAAGCCGAGUAUAAGGCCCUUCUCGCCGGCUUAAGGCUGGCAAACGACCUAGGCAUCACUAGAGUUAAGUGUUGGAGCGAUUCACAAGUGGUUACCAGACAGGUCAACGACACCUUCCAAAUUAAAGAGCCGACACUACUAUUGUACUUCCAUGCUUUCCAGAAGCUGAGAAACAAUUUCGAUGACGUCUACGUUGAGCACAUACCCCAGGAACUUAAUGCAAGAGCCGACCAAUUGGCUAAGCUAGCAACCAGCAAGAAGACUAGCCAUUUGCGUAGCAUGAUACAACAAGAACUACAAAAGCCAACCAUCGUGGAAGCCAAGUGUUUACACGUCCAUCAAGGGAGUCCUAAUUGGAUGACCGGCAUAGUUAAAUACCUUUUGACUGGUGAACUACCCGCCGACCCCUUAGAAGCUAAGAUGAUGAGAACCAUGGCAGCACGGUACACAUUAGUAGCUGGAGAGCUAUAUAAGAGGGGCGCCUCAUCGCCCCUGUUGAAGUGCUUAACUCCCGAACAAGCGGUCUAUGUCCUCCGAGAAAUCCACAAAGGCAUAUGUGGAACUCACUCGGGAAGCCGAACUCUCGCAGCCAAGGUCGUCCGGGCCGGUUACUAUUGGCCAACCCUAGCUACCGAUUACGCCGAGUUCGUUCAACAAUGCAAGCCGUGCCAACAGUAUGGACCAUUAACACACCAACCCCCGAAAUAG